UGAUCCGGCUUUGUUGGUCUCCUGUGAAGAUGGUGGCGCCCAGCGCGGUGCGUGUGAAGCUGCUGUUUGAUUUCCCGCCGCCCGCCGUUCCGCAGAGCUCCAUGCUGUGGUUAUUGGUGGAUCAGACCCGCUGCCGGGUGGUGGCCGAUCUCAGCAGCGUCAUUCGGGACCGCUACUUCUAUGGGCAGCCGGGCGGCCUGAGCCUGUAUGUGGAGAGCUGCCUGCUGCCCCCCGGGGAGAGCAUCCUGCUGGUGCGGGACAACGACUGCGUCAAAGUUAAAUGGGAUGAAAGUUAUCUGGAAGAUCCACCUAAAUCGGGAACUAUAUUUGUAUCGCCAUCAAAAAAAACUAAGAAAAGACACUGUCCAAGAUCGGAGGACGAUGAAGACGCUGUGGGAAUAAAACCAAAAAAACUGAAGGCUGACUCUCAACAAAUCCUCAAAGCUGUGAGUGAUCCAGAGUCGGUUAAAAAAACUAAACGGAAGAAAAGCAGGAGGGAUGUCUCCUCGGACAUCCAUUCAGACGAAUCUGCAGACGAAGCAAAAAAAUCACAGAAGGAAAAAGUCAAGAAGAAAACAAAAACAUUGGAUGUUACUAAGGCACCAACUGCAGUGAACGAGACCAAGAAAACGCUUAAAUCUAAGAAGGCUAAAAACUUGUGUGAUGAUUCCCUAAUGCCGUCUUCAAAGCACACUCAAGAGAAUAAAGCUAACACUAGUGUCCAAGGGGCAAAGACUGUAUUUACCAUUACUGAAACUUUAACGUCUUCUAAAAAGGCCAAGAAAAAAGCGUCUUCAUCUUCUAGCUCAGACACAGACUCUAGUAAAGAUUUGGUUACCAAUGAUCAUGGUAGCAAAAGUAAAGAGACAAUUAGCCCUCAACCUCUGAAAAUCUCAUCUGUAGAUUUGCAGAGGAAAGAUGAUGCUGAGAGCUCUGACUCUGAUACCUUCGUCAUCAAAAAAACAAUUGCUGCUACAAAUUCCUCGGUUUCUGAUCCACUACAUAUACCGAACGGAAACUCUCCAGUACCUGUAGGUGUGCCGCAGGGACCAUUACCCAAAUCCUGUGCCAUGGGACGUGGCUUGGGACGUGGAAGAGGAGACUUUCCAUGGAGGGGGCAGUGCAGUCGUGGGUUUAGAAUGAGAGGAGGGCAUGGAAACCCUGGAAGAGGGAGAGACAAUGAAAAUUUCUUUAAAAGUUACGAUAAAGACACACUGAAACAGCAGCAGCUGAACGAGCCGGUAACAAAUAGGUCCUUUGUCAUCCAGAAUCCACCAGAUAUGCCCAAAAAAGAUUACAAUGCACUUCCUCUGCUUGCUGCUCCUCCACAAACUGGUACACGUAUUGCCUUUAAACUCCUUGAAUUGACAGAAAACUACACUCCCGAAGUUUCAGAUUACAAGGAAGGAAAACUCCUGAAUUACGAUCCUUUAACAAAAGAGCUAGAAGUGGAAAUUCUUUCACGUCAGACAAAAGAGAAGGAACCUGGGAAAUUUGACCUUGUGUAUCAGACCGAGGAUGGAACAGACAUUGUAGAAUAUGCAGUAACUCAGGAAAGUAAGAUCAGAGAGAAGUGGAGCUCGUUGAUUGAGCCGAGACUUAUUGUGGAAUAUUCACCCGAAGGGCCUGGAUCACAGGCAGCUAACAUUGCUUCCUGAUUACUUUUCGAAUAUGUCUGUUUUGGGGAUUGUGACCAUACAUCCGGGGCAUGUUUUCGUAUCAAACUGUUGAAGUUUUGUCCUCUAAUGGGAUCAGUGAACAGUGGCACUGAUCUGGGUGGUGGCUUGAUCUUUUGAGGACAUGAUCCAGCACUGUAAAAUUACAUUUAUUAUUUUAAAUGUAUUGUUUGCCGCCACCUAUGUUUUGUUCUGUAAAGAAGCGGCAGCCUGUUAAGAGGGGUAGAUUAAGGUGGUAGCCCUCAAUUACAAAUCUAGAGAAAGAAGUAAGAAUCAGACAAAUUAUUGAAUAAUUUAAACAAAAUAAGAGGGGGGGACUGGUUAGUUAUCAUAAUAAUACAUCAAAUUGAUCACCAAGGAACUGGAUGCCUAAUUUUAAUUUCCAACCUCUUGGUUUUGCUUUCUCAUUGUUUUGCUUGUUUUAAAAGGACACUCUAGGCAACACGACUGCUCACUGCUAACACUUGCUAUUGAUCAAUGUUUGUUCCAUCCAAUGUGGACAACAUUGGUUGGCUGAGAGUGCUGAGCGAGUUUGCGAAGUGCUCUCAGCCAAUCCGUGUCAUCCAGGUUGGACGACUUGAUUAUGUGGCUGAGAUAGAGGUGGUUAUUUCUGAUUGAAUCUUGAUACACUAGUCUGUUAAUAAGGAUUGCGGCAUGUGCAGAUGUUUUACAGGGGUUUCUGUAUGUUCUGAUCCGUCACAGAAGGAGAUCAUUUUAAUAUUAAACUGUGAAACCAUAUUUAGAUAUUUUAAAAAGUAUUUCUACCAUGGGAUCCAAACAAUUCCCAUUUUAUUUUCCAUUGUAUAAACCUUAUCCACAGUGUUUAUCUUUUGUUAUAAAAACAUGUUUGCUUGUAAUAUAAAAG